GAGUAAUUGAGUAUGUAGUAUACCUCUCGAUAACUAAGGAUAACGUUCCCCCUUGUUGCUGCAUCGGUGCCUCCCCAAAAAAUCACUUUACAUUUCCAUGGCUUCCGGCAUUUUUCUUCACUACUCACCUCACUGCUUUCUCUCUCAUUUUAAGCUUUGCAGUUUCAACAAUGGCUUCCCACAUGCAAGAAAACCAUAUUCUGUAUUUAGUAGUCCUGAAAACAUACAUCGACCCAUCAAAGCUUUGGUUGAGACUUCUUCAUUUCCACUGUUUCAGGAACCCCAAAUUGAUAAAACUCCUUCUGAGAUGAAUUUAGCAGACCCAGAUUUCUAUAAGAUUGGAUAUGUUAGAAGUUUUAGAGCUUAUGGUGUUGAAUUUCGAGAAGGGCCUGAUGGGUUUGGUGUCUUUGCUUCUAAAGAUAUCGAGCCGCUUCGUCGUGCUCGGAUGAUCAUGGAGAUUCCUCUGGAACUGAUGUUAACAAUUAGCAAAAGGCUCCCAUGGAUGUUCUUUCCAGAUAUUGUGCCAGUUGGUCAUCCCAUAUUUGAUAUUAUCAACUCAACUGAUCCGAAGACAGACUGGGACUUGAGGUUGGCUUGCCUUCUUUUGCAUGCUUUUGAUCAAGAUGAUAACUUCUGGCAGUUGUAUGGUGACUUCUUGCCAAGCCCUGAUGACUGCACUAGCUUCCUUCUAGCAACAGAGGAGGAUCUUUUGGAGUUGCAGGACCAAAGUUUGGAGCUAACAAUGAGGGACGAACAACAUCGUUGCCUAGAAUUCUGGGAAAAGAACUGGCACUCUGCUGCACCUCUCAAGAUAAAGCGUUUGGCACGUGAUCCAAAGACAUUCAUGUGGGCUGUUGGUAUCGCUCAAACACGUUGCAUAAACUUGCAGUUAAGGAUUGGUGCCCUAAUUCAGGAUGCAAAUAUGUUGAUUCCUUAUGCUGAUAUGUUGAACCACUCAUUUCAGCCUAAUUGUUUUUUUCAUUGGCGUUUUAAAGACCGAAUGCUCGAGGUUAUGAUAAAUCCUGGAAGAAAAAUAAUGAAAGGGGAGGAGAUGACUGUGAACUACAUGAGUGGACAGCAAAACCAUAUGUAUAUGCAAAGAUUCGGAUUCUCCUCAGCUGUGAAUCCUUGGGAUGCCAUAUGUUUCUCUGGUGAUUCCCGUAUACAUUUGGAUACAUUCUUGUCUGUCUUCAACAUUACUGGGCUUCGAGAAGAAUAUUGUUUUAAUAGUCAAUUAUCAAAAGAAGGAGAUAGUUUUGUUGAUGGAGCAGUCAUAGCUGCAGCAAGAACGUUGCCCACUUGGUCAGAUGGUGAUGUGCCUAUGAUUCCUAGCAUAGAAAGAAAGGCAGCAAAGGAAUUGCAGGAACAAUGCCAAAAUUUCCUUGCCAAGUAUCCUACAACAGCUAAGCAAGAUAAAAAAAUUAUAGAUACUACAUCGGAUGCACGAAGAACACUGGAAGCUGCAAUAAAGUACCGAUUGCAUCGAAAAUUGUUUUUAGAGAAGGUCAUUGAUGCUUUGGAGAUUUAUCAAGACAAAAUUUUGUUUUAAGUUGCCAGUUUGUUAGAAUUUGGUACUCUAAUUAUUCGAUUGGGCACUCUACACGUUUGGACAGUCAAGUGGGUACUGUUGAGAUGAAUAGCAGUGAUCGUUAUUGUCCCUUGUUGAUCAGGGAAAAACUCUUGCUACUCUCAAAUGAGGUCGAAAAGGAAAGGGUAAGACUGCUGAAUUUUCCUGUAAUAUUAUGUUUUUUAAGAAUAGUACAAGGUAGUUUAUGGAUAAGAUACAUAUUAUCUCUAUUAUAUAAAUUCGAAAGUAAUUGAUUAAGAAGUCAUUCUUGUUCGAUGCUUCAUGCACAUCAAUCUUUGAGUAGAAAUAUUAUCAGUGUUGCAAAAGCCUUUAGUGCUGAAUGUAGGAGACUUUGGUUAUAUAUGAAUGACGUACAAUUGUAUGUUUUAAUCCUGGGAAAUUGGAAAAGUAAAAUAAUACUUCGUAUUAAAAGACAUUCCCUAAUUCAAGUAUUAUAGUGCCUUGGCUACCUAGACUUCUCUUAAAUGAGUUUUUUUUUUUUUUUUUUUUUUUUUUUUUUUUUUUUUUUUUUGGCUCCAAGAGGUAUAUUCUAACUUAGCUCAUAUUUCUGGAAAAGGGAACUGUGGAAUGUCAUCCCCCUCUGUAAUACAUAGUAUAUUUUUUACUUAAAAUUUAAGCUCAUAUUUCUUUUAUCAAGCUCUGGGUUUGUUUCCAAUUUCAUUGCUCACUAUAUUAAUCUGGCAAUGUUUUCUGCUUGGGAAUAAUCACUCACAAAAACCUCCCCUUAUCUGCUUCUACCCAUUAUCCCUUUCAUUUCCAUCCCAAUCCCUGUUGUAAUCUUUUGACAGCAGCGUUCAUGCUUCUUGGUCAGAUGUCACUUCUUAAGCAGUUAUCGACAGUAUCACACGUGAAGUUAGUGAUGAGUCUGGUCAGUUGGUGGAGAAUUUACUUUGCAGGCUCAGUGGUGAUCGCUGAGAUUCUUGCCAUAUAAAGCUUGUCCCAAUGGUUGAACAAAUUUCAUUUUUUAUUAAGCUGAUUAGUGACAAUAUCUGAUUCUGUAUUGUAGGGCACUGGAUACCACUUUUAAAAAAGACAAGUCAGUAUUCAGGGUAUUUAAAUCGAUUUGAAGGAAGGGAAACAAACUUGAUAAAAAAUGAGAGGAUGACUUCAUGGAAUCAUGGGGACAUUUUGUAAACACCCCACCCCCUCUCCCCAAUUUCCCUUGUAAAGGCAUUGUAUAAUGCCAAUCUAACUCGGGUUUCUAGGUGUAGAAGUCCUAUUCCAGCAUGAACUUGGUUUAUGUUUUUCAACUUAUCUGUGCUGUAUUCGCAUCUCACUCUAGCCAAACAAGGAAAAACAAAAAACAAUUGUAAAGAAUCAAGCUUUUGAAGAUUGCUCUUUCCUGAAAUCGAUUAUUAUACUGAUACAUCAAGAUUUGUGAUUGUUAAUUAAUAGAUAUACGAAGUACUUUGUAAUUAACUGUGAUCUUGUAAUUGUCGACUGAAGAUAUUCUUCUGUAUUAACACAUGCUGCGUAUGUUGGGUAAAUGCUUUUGUUCUGCUCUUGUAUGACCAAGGCAUCAACAACAUUCCCAUAGUUUGCAUUGCUGCUACUUCUUGCUGGGAAGACACCUUCGUUCGUCAAGCUGCCUAGUUAAGCCAAACUAUGUUCAUAUUGAGCUACCCACAGCAGUGGCUCUUAGGUAGCUCAAAUGUAUAAAGAAUGUUCAUUGCUCGGUUUUUAAGAUCCUCUUGUUAAAGAUUCACAUAUUGUAAGAAAUUGUACCGGAAAAGUUUGUACCAAAUGGAAGUAUUGCAUACAUCCAAUAGAACAAUGUCUAAUUGCAUACUAAGAUCUUAGGGUGUCAAUUGUAAAGCAUUCUUUUGUGUGACUGAAGGUGCACUUCAUUGAUAACAGUUUAAUCAUAUUGUAUUUAAGCAUCUUGGGGCUGUUAUACUACCCAGCUCCCCCUAGUUUACACUUA